AUGAUGGACGGAAAUGAUUUAGUAUCCGAAAAUUCAAGAAGAGGUAUAUUUUCACAGGCCUGGACUCGUAUUUCUCAGGUAUACCAAGGCACCUUAGACAAGUGGACACCACACACAAGAUUUCGAUGGGUUGGGAGUUUUGUACUAUUAGCCUUGUUUAUGCUACGAAUAUUCACAAAACAAGGAUGGUAUAUAGUCACUUAUGCAUUGGGUAUUUAUCAUUUAAACCUCUUUAUUGCAUUCCUAACACCGAAGAUUGACCCAGCUAUGGACUUUGAUGGAGACGAUGAUAACGGCCCAGCGUUGCCUACAAGAGCUACUGAAGAAUUUAGACCAUUUAUAAGAAGGCUGCCAGAAUUUAAAUUUUGGCUUUCUGUCACCAAAAGUACUUUGGUGGCCAUUUGCUGUACAUUCAUAGAUGCCUUUAAUAUUCCAGUAUUUUGGCCUAUAUUAGUUAUGUAUUUUAUUACCUUAUUCUGUAUUACCAUGAAGAGACAAAUCAAGCAUAUGAUCAAGUACCGGUAUCUACCAUUCACUCAUAGCAAACCAAAGUACAAAACCGUUGAUUCUGCUGUUACUAUAAACUGA